AUGAGUGAAACUGCCAUGGAGCCCUCAACAAAGCAUUCCAAAAAUCCGCUAGGAAACCGCGAUGUUGCUCCUCAAAUGUACCUUUCCCUUCCUCAGAGCAACAGUGAUCCUGCAAAGAUUAAGGCGCCUCUGAAUCAAUCAAUACGAUACUCCCCAUAUCCAAAGCCGACAUUCAUAGCUGCUGUCAGACAGAAAGCCUCUGGCGCUUUGAAGCAGGCUCUGCAAUGGCACCAGAUCCGGAUCCAGAACUGGUUAGCGACCAAACAGUCGACACAGAAGAUCGUGGAUGUCGAUUCCGAAACCAUGACUGUUGAGGUUGACUCGUUGUCCUCGAUACUCGGCCCUGAUGUGAAGCUCACAACUCCCGAGAUAGAUUCGCAGACGCAGGUCUCUGAAGAGAGUGAAUAUCUGUCCGUUGAGGACGUUGAAGUCAGUACAAUCCCUUCGGAGGACUUGAUGACCAGUUGCAGUACCGAUUGUGGCCAGCGAAAUGAUGCCUACCAACCACCUCUUCAGUCCCUCCAAGCGUCCGAUCAAUCUCCGGCAGUUAGCGUCAAAGCGCAGACUCCUGAACAUUGUUACAUAACAACGUCCAACCAGCACUCACCACUGCACACUGAGCGGCAGGAGUUCAACGAUACAUCUCGGUUUGUAUAG